AAACGACUCACCCUGCGUCCUGCUGGCCAAUCAGCGUCCAGGGAAGGCGGCGUUUCCUCUGUCAUUCCCCCACGUGACCCUCCUCAGUAGUUCCCAGGCGGUCACAUCGCGGAGCUGGAGAUUAUGCAUCAGAAGGUCCUGUGGUUCGCUCUCCUGGCGGCGGGCCUCCUCUUCCUCGCCAUGGCGCCCGUCUCUCAGGCUCAGGAUCCGGACGAAGACGCGGACGUGGAGGACGACUUGGAUCUGGGCCUCGCCGGAGCCGAGGAAGAUGAGGAGCUAGAGGGAGACGAAGAGGACGACGCCCCGCCCGCCUCCGCAACGCCCGCUGCACCGAAGGUGACCUACAAAGCUCCAGAACCGAUGGGGGAACACUUCUUUGCCGAGUCCUUCGACCGCGGAACCCUGGACGGGUGGGUUCUGUCCAAGGCGAAGAAGGACGAAGCCGACGAAGAGAUCGCCAAGUAUGACGGUAAAUGGGCCGUGGAGGAGAUGAAGGACAGCAAGCUGCCGGGGGACAAAGGUCUGGUUCUGAAGUCCAGAGCCAAACAUCACGCCGUCUCCGCCCAGCUGCUGCGGCCGUUCUCCUUUGACGCCAUGCCGCUCAUCAUCCAGUACGAGGUGAACUUCCAGUCCGGCAUCGACUGCGGCGGCGCCUACGUCAAGCUGCUGAGCCAGACUCCGGACCUGGACCUGGACCAGUUCGUGGACAAGACUCCGUACACCAUCAUGUUUGGACCCGACAAGUGUGGCGAGGAUUACAAGCUGCACUUCAUCUUCAGACACAAGAACCCCAGAACCGGCGAGUACGAGGAGAAGCACGCCAAGAAGCCCGACGCUGACCUGCGCUCCUACUUCACCGACAAGAAGACGCACCUGUACACGCUGGUGGUCAACGCCGACAACAGCUUUGAGGUCCUGGUGGAUCAGACGGUGGUGAACAGCGGCAGCCUGCUGACCGACGUGACGCCGCCCGUCAACCCCCCCGCUGAGAUCGAGGACCCGGACGACCACAAGCCGGAGGACUGGGACGAGAGGCCCAAGAUCCAGGACCCCGACGCCGUGAAGCCCGAAGACUGGGACGAGGACGCUCCUGCUCAGGUUCCCGAUGAAGACGCGGUGAAACCAGACGGCUGGCUGGACGAUGAGCCGGAGUACAUCGGCGACCCGGACGCCAUCAAACCCGAUGACUGGGACGAGGACAUGGAUGGAGAGUGGGAGGCCCCCCAGGUGCCCAACCCCGCCUGUGAGACCGCCCCCGGCUGCGGCCCCUGGAAGCGGCCGAUGAUCGACAAUCCCAACUACAAGGGCAAGUGGAAGCCCCCCAUGGUGGACAACCCUAACUACCAGGGCAUCUGGAAGCCGAGGAAGAUCGCCAACCCGGCUUACUUUGAGGACCUGCAGCCGUUUAAGAUGACGCCGUUCAGCGCGCUGGGCCUGGAGCUCUGGUCCAUGACCUCUGACAUCUUCUUCGACAACUUCUUCAUCACCAAUGACCGCAACACCGCCGAGCGCUGGGCCACCGACGGCUGGGGGCUGAAGAAGGCAGCGGAGGGCGCCGCUGAGCCGGGCCUGGCAGCUCAGAUGCUGAACGCUGCAGAGGAGCGUCCCUGGCUCUGGAUCGUCUACGUCCUCACCGUGGCUCUGCCGCUCGUCCUCAUCGUGGUCUUCUGCUGCACGGGCAAGGAUAAGAAGAAGAGUCCAGCGAGCGCUGCAGAAUACAAGAAGACAGACGAAGCUCAGCCUGACGUGGUGGAGGAAGAGGAGGAAGAGGAGGGAGAGGAGAAGGCUGAAGAGGCCAAGAGCAGUUCUGCCGCAGAGGACAAAAGUGAUGAAGAGGAGGCUCCUGCUGAGGAAGAGGAUGGAGAGAAGGAGGCCACAACAGAUGAGAAAGAGGACGAUAUUCUGCGGAGAUCUCCCAGGAGCAGGAAGAGAUUAACUGAGAUUCACUAAAACUUCCUGCAUCAUUCCGACCUGCGGGCCGACGGUCCUCCUGCUCCACCAAUCAGCAGCCUGAUCAGUUAACGGGAAAGGCGGCCCUGCUGGACGACAACCCGGCUGCUAACCAGCCCACAGAUAAUUAACUUAAACCAACUAACUACUAACAGGUCCCAGAGUUUCUGAGUUAGUCUGCUAGCUGCCUAAUGAACCCAGAACUUAGUGGUUGGAGGAUUUUUAAACUGGGAACACUCCGACUUUUUUCCAUGUGUCUGUUUUUGUGCUGUUGGUAACCGGCUGUUAACCUCUCAGUGUUCCUGCUCCUGAAACAUCUUGUGCGCUCUGUGGGUCAGACGGAGAGUCGGGAAGCUCAGGGAACACCAGGAUGUGACUCUGCAGCAGCAGGCUGCCUGUUUCUGCCUCUUUCCACACCUUCUUCCCUCGGGUCAUUGUCACCAUUAGGUCAGACUGUCCUGCAGUCCCUGCCAACCACCAGAGGUGGCGCUAAAAGCCUUUAAAGCUGCUGCUGCUGGUCCAUCUUUGGUUGGUCCUGAGCUUCCACUUAAUUUAUUCAUGAUGUCACACUUGACCUCUCUCUCUCUCAUCCAAUGGCUGUACAACUUGGGAAAACGCUUAAAAUAAAAGUAGAGCCAAAUCAGAAAAAUUUCUAAUCUGUCUGAAACUCGCUGAAUAAAGAAACUCCUCGUCUGUCAUCGUCACGUCAACUCGCUUUAGUUCCCUUAAAGGGAUCUUUUUAAGCGGGGUUCUGUGCAGUAGCUCUCAGUAGUCAGUAUACAACCUGCAGCAGAUGAAUAAACGUGUCCAUUGAGCUGAAAAUGUCAUUUCAGAGCAACAAGAGUAAAAUAAACAUGAGUGGAAAAGUGAAACCUGAGGUCCAGAGCGUCUCUGAGGCUGAUUAACCUGCAACGUUUGGACUUCUUCACCAAACUGAUCUGUUGCUUGUCUUUUUAUUCCUGUGCAGUUGAACUGGAUUUCAAAAUCUUAGCUGAUUCCUUCUGUUUUACAUUAUUUUUUUUUACUAAGUGCUUCCUUGCAAACUCUAGACUUUGCUCAAACCUUAGGUGAGGACAGCUUCUAGACAUUUUCUAAACAGUUUUUGUUGAAGUUAAAAUAUUUGGAUGCGUCAGCCUGAAUUCUAACCAGUAGAUAUUCUCAUUCGUCUUCAGGUUUAUGUAGAAAACAUGGAGCAGAUCUCUGAAAGGGAUUCCACAUCUUGUGUCAAAUGUCUUGUUUUGUGUUAAGAAUCUCUUCAGUUUUGUUUCCUUUUUAAAGCUAUAAAAAUGUGGAUUAUGUUUUUAGAUUAAGCAGAAAAGCUGAGGUUGCUCCCUUGAUCAAACCUGAACCGAGUCACCUCAGUAAUCGGCUGCCGUCGCUGGUUGUUUACGGUGGUGGGGGGGUUCACAGCCAAACAAUGGAUCCUGAUUAAACGCCUGUUUUCUAAACGUCUGCUGGGAUUGGCCGGUUCUUCAGUUGAUCUGUCCUGUGAUUGGCUUCUCACCGAGCGUCCUCGUCUAAGUCCCCCUGUGGUCUGGAGGGUGGAUUGGGUCUCUGACUCUAAACUCAACACUGUAUCUGCUGCGUUUUAUUUCCUGCCAUGGUUUGGGACCGACUGGCUGCAGAAAGGUCCAACUGCGAAUGAAACACUGUGAUGACGGAGCCUGAUGUCGGCGUGCAUCAAUACGCAGUUAAUGUUUGUAUUGAAUAAAAAAGGCUGAAUGGAAACUAA